CUUCUCCCCCGGAUGCCAGCAGCCAGCCCAACCCCCGGGCGCCAAGGAGAAUCCGCGUGCGCUCUCCCUUCCAACGGACCCCUCGCAGCUUUGCCCCGGAGCGACGGGCCCGAUGGGCACCCGCGUCAAAUGCACCAUCCGCUGCGCCAGGCCCAAGAAGCUGCCGCGUCUCCUCAAGCCCCUUCUGGUGAAGCUCAUCCGAGAUCUCCUGAGGAACCCGGGCAGGAGAAGGCCGCUCCACCAUUCCUUGGUGCUGAUCGUGCGGAAGAAGCCAUGCCAGCCCGCCGAGCCUGGAUCCUCGGCCCGGAACAGGUCAUGAGGAUGGGAGACCCGCGCGUGGCCGAGCUGCUGCUUCGAUGGGGAGCGGAUCCCAACGUGCCCGAUCCCUCCACCGGCUCCUGCCCCGCGCACGACGCGGCCCGGGAAGGCUUCCUGGACACGCUGCGCGUGCUGCGCUCAGGCGGAGCGCGACUCGACCUGCCAGACCGCAGAGGGCGCCUCCCGGUUGACGUGGCUGAAGAGAAUGGGCACCGCCACGUCGUGCGUUAUCUGGGCCGGCUGGCGAUCGGGGAAUCCUGGAGAUAAUCCAGCAACA